UUUUUUUCAGCGAGCCAACCAGACUUGUUCUCAGCGAGCCAACUAGACUUAUUCUCAGCGAGCCAACUAGACCUAUUCUCAGCGAGUCAACCAGAAUUGUUCUCAGCGAGCCAACCAGACCUUUUCUCAGCGAGCCAACCAGACCUAUUCUCAGCGAGCCAACCAGACAUAUUCCCAGCGAGCCAACCAGACCUAUUCUCAGCGAGUCAACCAGACCUAUUCUCAGCGAGUCAACCAGACCUUUUCUCAGCGAGCCAACCAGACCUAUUCUCAGCGAGUCAACCAGACUUAUUCUCAGUGAGCCAGACUUAGAGUCCAGUAUCUUUAUUGAGUCAAAGCCCAUUAUUCUCAGUGAGUCAAAGUCCAAUAUCCUCAGCAAGUCAAAGUCCAGUAUCCUCUGCGAGUCAGAGUCUGAAAUCCUCAGCGAGUCAAAGACCAGUAUCCUCAGCAGGUCAAAGUCCAGUAUCCUCAGCGAGUCAAAGCCCAGUAUCCUCAGCAAGUCAAAGUCCAGUAUCCUCAGCAAGUCAAAGACCAGUAUCCUCAGCGAGUCAAAGUCCAGUA